UAAAUCGGACGAGGGUCUUUCUCGAACAGCACAGCAGCUCCGUCGUAGCCGCAACACUUGGACGAUUCAUCUGGAUUUUCUUUUGUCAGUGUCGGCGAGAGUACCAGCGCUCCCGAACUUGCCCUCUUCGAGUCCGUCAACACACCGUGUCAAUCACUCUCCUACCGAGAUUUAGAUCUUGCUUAAACGACAAAGAAUCUGAAAUCUCCAUCAGGAGGAUGGAGAGCGUCCUACUCUGCGGAGCCGUCGUUACCUUCAAGUGCCUCUCUUUGGUGUGUGACAUCCUCACAUACCCGCUGUACCUGGUGCUGCAGCAGCCGUGGCGCCAAAAGCAGCUCUCCAACCGGAUCAAGGCCAAGCCAGUGCAAAAGAACGAUGACACUUUGACCUUCAGGUCUGUUUCCGAGCCGAAAGAACUGCACGUUGAGCUGGUGCGUAACAAUGUCGACACGAUGGAGAAGCUGCUUAACUACACUGCACAGCGGUACACCCACAAAAAGUGUCUCGGCACCAGGGACAUUCUUGCCGAGGAAGACGAAGUCCAGUCGAACGGCCGCGUUUUCAAGAAGUAUGUACUUGGCGAGUACAGAUGGCUGACCGCAACGCAAGUAGAAGAGCAGGCAGCUAACUUUGGACGCGGGCUCCGCGCUCUUGGACACGAACCCAAGCAAAAUAUCGUCAUUUUUGCAGAAACCCGCGCAGAAUGGAUGAUCGCUGCUCACGGCUGCUUCAAACAAAACAUCCCUGUCGUCACACUUUAUGCUACUCUGGGCGAUGACGCGAUCGCGCACGGCAUCAACGAAACCGAAGCUACAAUUGUGGUCACGACGCAGGAUCUCCUGCCAAAAUUCAAGGCCAUCAUUCAGUCUUGUCCACGCAUCAAGCGCAUCAUCUACAUGCAGGACCAGUUGGGGGUCAAGACCCCAGCCCCUUCACCUGCUGCAAACGUUGACGUGAUUCCCUUCAAUAAAGUUGUGCAGCGUGGCGAGGAACUUGGACCCAACGGACCCUCGUGCUCCCCCAGCCCAGACGACAUUGCCAUCAUUAUGUACACGUCCGGGUCUACUGGCGUUCCAAAGGGUGUGUUGCUGACACAUAGGAACAUGCUGACCACAGUAAAGGCCUUCUCGGACGCCAUCUGCAUCUACCACGAUGACGUCUUCAUGGGCUACCUGCCGCUAGCGCAUGUAUUUGAGCUGCUCGCUGAGUCUGUGUGUCUGCUGAUGGGCGUACCCAUCGGCUACAGCACACCACUCACCAUGGUUGACUCGUCCAGCAAGAUUAAGCGUGGCACCAAGGGCGACGUCUCUGUUCUUCAUCCCACGUGUCUCACAGCUGUGCCGCUAAUUCUUGACCGCAUCUUCAAGGGCAUCAAUGAGAAGGUUUCGAAGGGAUCGUGGCUUAAGCGGGCGCUGUUCGACUUCGCCUACCAGUACAAGCUCAAGUGGAACAAGCGUGGUUUCUCGACGCCGCUGCUCAACCGAGUGGUGUUCGGUGCCGCGCGACAACUGAUGGGUGGCCGCGUGCGUAUGAUCAUGUCCGGCGGCGCGCCCCUCUCUCCCGAGACGCACGAGCUGAUCAAGAUGUGCCUGUGCGUUCAGGUGAUCCAGGGUUACGGCCUGACCGAAACUUGCUCGGCCGCCACCGUCAUGGACAUGCACGACGACUCCCUCGGCAGGGUGGGCGCCCCCGCCACCAACGUGGACAUUCGCCUAGUCAACUGGGAGGAGGGCCACUACCGCGUCACAGACCGGCCACACCCUCGUGGCGAGAUCUGCGUCGGCGGCACCAACGUCUCACCUGGCUACUACAAAAACCCUGAGAAGACCAAGGAGGAAUUCUUUGAUGAGACCGGACGUAGGUGGUUCAAGACUGGGGAUAUUGGCGAAAUCCACGGAGAUGGCUCCAUUAAGAUUAUUGAUCGCAAGAAGGACUUGGUCAAGCUGCAAGCCGGCGAGUACGUGUCCCUUGGCAAGGUCGAAGCUCAACUGAAGACUUGUCCCCUAGUCGAGAAUGUUUGCGUUUACGGCGACCCAACGAAGCACUUCACGGUAGCUCUGGUUGUGCCCAACCCUGGUCACUUGGCUGGCUUAGCUAGCAGACUUGGCAAGAACGAUAUCGACUUUGAAUUGCUGUGUCAAGAUCCGCAAGUUGAGCAGGCAGUUCUCAAGGAACUCGAAGAACAUGGCAAGAAGAGCAAACUGGCUCGAUUUGAAAUUCCGGCUGCUGUCAAGUUGUGCACAGAGGUCUGGUCACCAGACAUGGGUCUGGUCACAGCCGCCUUCAAGCUCAAGAGGAAAGACAUUCAGGAGAGGUACCAACACGAAAUUAACCGAAUGUACGCCUCGUGACCGAAACACUGAUUGAUCACAAUACUCCUUUUCGUACGCCUUAGUAAUUUAUUUUUCUUGAAAGGACUGCUAUUGUUUAUAUUGUGAGGUUAAAUAUAGUUUGUCGCCUUCAGGCGUUAAAUCUCUGGUGUAUUUUGAAGAAUAUUAUUGAUUCUUCGUUGCAAUAGCCUGAUAUUACACUGAUAUUUGUGUUGUAUAUAGUUUUGUAGAUAUUUUUACUCAUUUCUCAUUUUCUCAUGUCUCAAGGGCGUAUAAUCUCAUAGGCUGUAUUUUUUAAUUGGGAGCGAAAAUGGGUCUUUGCAUGGAAGUCUGCGUUGGGUAUUCUUCUUAUAUUGUUAAAAUCUUCACUGUCUCAUCGCAUAAUUUGUUGCACCGCAAUGUAAAACAAAUUUUUUCAUUGAGAACAUUCAAGUUCUGAAUCCAUAUGAAUGAAGGAAAAUAAAAACAUUGAAUCCUGAA